CCCAGAGCAAGUCCUUCCACCCAGAGGAAGAGGGCCGUCUUUACAAUCGAACUGCCCCUCCCAUGGUCCGGCCCACUCCGGGGGGCACCUCAGCGGGAGUGCUGCGGGGACCCCGGAGGUUGAAAGCUAAGCAUGGGGAAGAGCUGCAAGGUGGUCGUGUGUGGCCAGGCAUCUGUGGGCAAAACGUCAAUUCUUGAGCAGCUCCUGUACGGGAACCAUGUCGUGGGUUCUGAGAUGAUCGAGACCCAGGAGGACAUCUAUGUGGGUUCCAUCGAGACAGACCGAGGAGUGCGGGAACAGGUGCGUUUCUAUGAUACACGGGGUCUCCGGGAUGGGGCCGAGCUGCCCAAGCACUGCUUCUCCUGCACGGAUGGCUACGUCCUGGUCUACAGCACAGACAGCCGAGAAUCCUUUCAGCGUGUCGAGCUGCUCAAGAAGGAGAUCGACAAGUCCAAGGACAAGAAGGAGGUCACCAUCGUGGUCCUUGGCAACAAGUGUGACCUGCAGGAGCAGCGUCGUGUGGACCCUGAUGUGGCCCAGCACUGGGCCAAAUCAGAGAAGGUGAAGCUGUGGGAGGUGUCCGUGGCUGACCGCCGCUCGCUCCUAGAGCCUUUCAUCUACCUGGCCAGCAAGAUGACCCAGCCCCAGAGCAAGUCUGCCUUCCCCCUCAGCCGCAAGAACAAGGGCAGCGGCUCCUUGGAUGGCUGAAUAGCUGCCCUUCUCUCUUCACCACUCCAACCCAUUCCAGGAUGGGUGAAGAGCACAGGGUGCUUACGCAAGCUGUUCUUCCUGUCAGUAGGGGAACGACCCCCAAGGCCAGCAAGCUGGGCUGGCCCAGGCCACUGCUACUUUUGUCCUCUCUUAACUCCAAGAAGUGCAAGUGAACUGGAUUGCUGGCCCUCCCCUCGGCCUUCUUUAAUAGUCCCACUCUGCCCCCAGCCGAUCAUAUUUUCUCCACUGUUACCUGGACACUUAUGGGUUAGCGUCCCUUCCCUCUGCCUGGUGCAGGAUGCAAGGCUGUCAUGCCAAAGUGCCCAGUCCAGGGUCUGGCUCCUAUCAGGGAUCCCAACUCUCUGAAUGUCCUGUCAGUAGCAUACACACAGUACCAGCCUGGGCCUGAAACAGAGUGGCUAGGUAUUGUGAGCGCACAGUUCCGCGUGCUGGCUUAGGGUUGGUUCCUCAUCCUUCACCCUGAUCUUUCCCCUGGCCUGUCCAAGGCUGGGUAAAGCCAGGCUCCUGGGAGUGGCAUUUUCUGUUUGACCUCUACCCGUCUCCCAGCUGUUUCACUUCCUCUUCCUGUUCCAGGAGCAGAAGUCUCAUUGGUUGAGGUAGAGUGAAGUAAUGACUAGGCUGUUGCUUGCCCUGUGACUUAGCAAGGCUGUUCUCCUCUGAGCGUCAGUCUUCAUCUGUGAGUUGACAGAGCUUGGAUGAUUACCUAGAGCUGCAGGUGACUAUGUGAUUUUUCUAAAGCUGGUGGCUCGGGCCUCCUGUGUAUCUCUGCCCCUGCUCCAACCUCUUCAAGGUGCUACCCCUACCAGCCCUGGAGGCUGGACAAGCCGCUCAUGACCACCAGGGGGCAGGAGCGCACCCUGCUCAGUGGUGCAAGUGGCACAGUCUUGACCUGCCCACAUGGCUAGUGUCCAUCCCUCCUGGUUGUUUCUUGGUUGUUUUUCGGCUAGUAGCCCAACUAUAUUUAUACUCUCUGUAUUUAUAUGCCUGCUGCCCGGUGAAGGUGGGCUAAGUCACGCCCCUAGCCUUUCCUUCUUACCUCAGAUGCCUGAACAGAACCAGGCAAACCAGUAGCAGCUUCCUAGGAGCUGACAGGCCUUUCAUCAGAGGCUUGUGCUAUCAAGUGAGCUUAUAACCCACAACUUCCGGUGCCCACUUUGUGCUUCUGAUGUGCACACCUCACGUGAGUUAGACACUACAGCCAGGCCACCUCCUAUACCCACUCCUCCCCGGAACAGGCGAGAAGGGGGCUGGUGCCCAGGCCUGGGCAAGGAGAAUCAGGGCACCUACAGGCUCAGGCUUGAAGUUCAUUUAUUGAUGUGUUUGUUGGACACAAUAAAACCACAACUGCUGUUAUCAAAAAA